AUCACCAGAAGCGUGCUCCUCCUCUUUCAUUUUCCCAAAUGUCGCUCCAAGUUCCCGACAAGAACCAGUUUCAGCACAUUUUGCGUCUCCUCAACACCAACGUUGAUGGUAAGAACAAGAUUAUGGUUGCUUUGACUUCCAUCAAGGGUGUUGGUCGUCGUUAUGCCAACAUUGCCUGCAAGAAGGCUGAUGUUGACCUUAACAAGAGAGCUGGUGAGCUUUCCAACGAAGAAUUGGAACGUAUUGUCACCAUUCUCCAAAACCCCAGCCAGUACAAGAUCCCCAACUGGUUCCUUAACAGACAAAAGGAUAUUGUCGAUGGCAAGUACUCUCAAAUCUUGUCCAACGGUCUUGACAGCAAGAUGCGUGAGGAUCUUGAGCGUUUGAAGAAGAUCCGUAACCAUCGUGGUCUCCGUCACUACUGGGGUCUCCGUGUCCGUGGUCAACACACUAAGACCACUGGUCGUCGCGGUAGAACCGUCGGUGUCUCCAAGAAGAAAUAACAUGUCUUGCGUAUUUCUUCAUUCCAUUUCUCAUGCUAACUACUCAACUCACAGAUUACCCUUCUGGAAAAUUGUGCACCACAUCUGUGUAUGUGUUCUUGCUUUCCUGGAACCAGUGACAAAAAUCAUAAUAAACGAAAAUCUUGUAACCUAGCUGGUCAAUGUAUAGA